AUGUUUUCCGUUCCCGGCUGGAAUGUCUCUGCGAACCUCGCGACACAGGUCGAGAAGCCGAAGCCGCAAGACCCUGAGAAACAGGGCAAGAAAGCAAAAAAGAGGAAGCAGAAGCAGGAGGAGCAGGUCAAUGAGGCAAAUGUGGGAGAGCUGUGGGACAGAGUAAUUGAGGGGAAGACACCCAAGGCUCCGGGAAAGACAGCGCCGGGAAAACCUGAAGGUGCACAGGCGGAAGAGGGUGCGCAGGAGGUGAGAGGGAAGAAGAGGAAGAGGGGGACGAGAGGCGCAGGGCGUGGUGACAGUGGAAGCAAGGAGGAUGAACAAGUGGCAGACAUUACACAAGCAGCCGUUGACGUGAAGAUUGCUGCGGAAGUCAAGCCAAAGCCCAUUGAAGGCGAAUCGAAGCGCGACAAGAAGAAGCAAAAAAAGGAGCACAGGGCCGACCAAUCUUCGAAACCUGCAGACGCAACCAUGCCAUCUGCAGGUAUAAUAGAUUCACUCCUCCCACCCGAGCCCAAAGGCCUCACCCCUCUCCAGAAGUCUAUGCGCCAGAAACUCGCUGGCGCCCGCUUCCGCCAUCUCAACGAGACGCUGUACACCAAGCCGUCCACCGACUCUCUCGCCCUCUUCAAAGAAGAUCCCUCCAUGUUUGAAGACUACCACCGCGGUUUCGCGAUGCAGACCGAGGGCUGGCCCGAGAAUCCCGUGGAUGGCUACGUGAACGAUGUGCUCACGCGUGGCAAGGUGCGAGAUCGAAACACUCCCAAAGACAAGAAGCGGAACGAGAAGAAGCCCAGAUACAGAGACCCGACUAAGCCAGAGCCAGAGGAACCGACUACAGCAGGGGGGCUAAAACCCUUACCCAGGAAUCUUAAGGGCCAUUGUACUGUCGCGGAUUUGGGCUGUGGCACAGCCUCCCUCUCCUACCGCCUCCAACCGCACCUCAAAUCUCUCAACAUGCACAUCGACUCCUACGACCUUUCCAAACCUUCUGGUCCUUCUCAUUCGCUCGUCACCAUAGCAGACAUCUCCGCAUUACCCUGCGUAGAUGGGUCAGCCGACGUAGCAGUCUUCUGCCUCGCCCUUAUGGGCACAAACUGGCUCGAUUUUAUCGAUGAAGCAUACCGCAUCCUGCGGUGGCGCGGGGAGCUUUGGGUCGCGGAGAUAAAAUCGCGCUUUGGACGCGUCGAAAAAGGCAAACCUAGAAAGGGAAACCCUCCCAUCAAUUCCAUCGGUAGCUUGCGAAAAGGCGGUCCCAAGCCACCCAAGAAGAAAGAAGAUGAUGAAGGCGAAAUGAAUUCCGACGACGAAGCGGAGCUCGCGACGCGCAUUGAUGGCGUGGCUGCAAAGGAAGGCACGGAUGUAUCGUCCUUUGUCGCUGUGCUGCGUGCGCAUGGGUUCGUGCUUGAUGCGCCGCCGGAGAAGCCGUCUGCCGCGAUUGAUUUGGGGAACAAAAUGUUUGUUAAGAUGCAAUUUGUGAAGGCUGCGCAGCCUAGCAAAGGGAAGAACGUCAAGGAAUCGGUGAACGGGCUUAAGAUGGGCAUGAAGGGGAAGAAGUUUACGGCAGUGGAAGACGAUGAUCCUGAUGAUACGGAGAACGCAAAGGUGCUUAAGCCGUGUUUGUAUAAGAUUAGGUAG